AUGACUCCCCUGACGUCCAACCCACCCCGCUCCCACCACACCCGAGCGCACUCCACUUCCACCGCCUUCAACGGCCAGCCCCAGUCCAAGACUCGAGCCGCACGAUCCAAGUCUCUCGCCGGGCCCCCCCCACCUGCCAAAUCCGCCGGGCUGGGCUUCCUCUCCGGAGGGCUUCCCACCGGCCCGAGCCCCCAGCUCCACCCCUACGACUCCAUCUCUUCACUCCCCGACGUCGAAGCCCUGGGUCUGCCUCCUGCCUCUGUGUCCGAGCUUCGUCAACGAACCCAGCAGCUCAUUCAGAAUUCCAUCACAAGCACGCGCAUCAACGCCACUCCCUUUGAUCAACCAACCUUCCAGUUCCCUUCCUUGGCUACUUUACCUGGGGAAGUCCCUUUGCACAUGCAAGCCGACGACUAUGCUCUCCUCCAGGCUAUGGAGCAGUUUGGCGUAGGCAACUCUUACGCCAACAACACCCAGGCUGUUCCUGCUCUAAACCUUGGUCAUAACCGGCAGUCAUCAAGCAUAUCCAAUGUCUUUGACCCUCCUCGCUUUGCGUAUAGCCGCACCGGCAACCGUGCUUUUCGUACUCGAUCGCGGGCUUCCAGCAGGGCUUCGGACACGUUUGUCACCGAGGGUCGAGAGGCGUACGGUCCGUCCAAGACAUUGUGGCUGGGAAAUAUCGAUGUGCAGGUCACCAAGGGUAUGAUCUAUGAAGAGUUUGAGCAUUAUGGGCCCAUCGAGAACAUCAGGGUUCUGCCGGAGAAGACCUGCGCCUUUGUCAACUUUGUCAAUUCAACAUCGGCUGUGACUGCUCAUGAGGACAUCUUGAAGAGGCAGGGCGGCGUGAUGCUGUCACUCAACAAGACUGCUCCUGUACUCCUCGGCUUUGGAAAAGACAAUUCUCACAGACGGACCGCUUCCACCCUCUCUGCCGCGUUCUCCACCUCUGCCGAAACGGCCACCGGGAAUAAUGGCUGCCCGCAUGGCAUAGCACCGACCAGAGCCAUUCGGAUUGAACGAGUACCCGAGAAUGUUUCUUCCACCACCCUGUCACAGAUAUUCUCUCCUUUUGGCUCUGUUGAGAAUACCAGAAUUCUUCCUGGCAAACGCCACGGUUUUGUCAACUUUGAACUCUUGGACUCUGCCGUCGCCGCCUACGAAUCGCUCAACGGCAAGCCCCUUUUCGGUCCCGACUUUGGUCCUGUCCGCAUCGACUUUGCCCGAGUUCCCACCCGCGCCCCUAGUCAGCUCAAGGUCACUUUUCUGACCGGCGACAGCCUCGCCGAGGCUCUUGGCACUGUCAAAGGCGCCGACUCGGUUCCCAUGGAGCGGCAAAUGUGUGAUGAAGACGGUGACGUGGAGAACUACCGCAGUCCAUUCCUGUUGGACAUCCUGAAGGAGGGUGUGCACGAAAAGGUCUUGAAGAAGGGGUUGACUCUGGACGGACAUGUGUCUGAGAAACAAUUGAUCAUGCAAAUGCUGAGUGAGGAGGAUGAGGAUGAGGAUGUUAGAGCUGUGGAUACCGAUCGACCUGUCAGGUUGGCGUACAAGACCGACAUUCCUCAGCUACAAUCCUUGCCCCUGGAAACCUUCACUACUGUGGACUUGAAGCAGAUUGAGUCCGAGCUGAAGGAUGACACCACUGUGACUGAAGAGAUUGACGAAUUCGCCUUGAAUUGCCUAUCCAGUCUUACUCAGCUGGCUCUUCACGGCGUCGGGAAUGGGAUUGUCCAGAGCCUUUUCAAGAGUGCAUCUUCCUUCAUUCGUCUUACCAUCAUUCGUAACCUCGCCCCUCAACUCGCGUCUAUCGGAUGUCACAUGCGCGGCACUUGGGUUACACAAGCGCUCGUUGAUAACAGCAAGGCCCGUGAUGAGCGUCGUGCGAUUGUCGACGCCUUUCGAGACUGGAUUCCCGCUUUGAUGAGCGACAAGAUCGGCAACUACAUUUGCUCGGCUCUGGUAGCUUAUGGUCCCGAGCACAACAGUGUCGUAUUUGAUGCUGCUGUGGAUAGGAUGCUUGAAGUGGCUCAGGAUAGGUUUGGAGCGCGAUGUUUGAUCAGGUGCUUGGACAGCACCCAUACUACUUGGUAUCAGAAGAAAAAGGUGGCGACAGCAAUCAUCCUCAAUUCCAUACCCCUGGUCACCAGCUCCAAUGGUGCGCUACUCGUCACUUGGUUACUCGAGUCUAUCGACAUACCCCGUCGAUGCGAGCUUCUGGCCAAAAGGUUCUUGCCCCACCUCACCCAUCUCUGUAUUCAUGGUAUUGCUUCAACCGCCAUCCUUCGAAUCAUCGCUCAAACGUCCGACAAUGCGGCUUCUAGCUUGCUUAUCAGCGGCAUCUUUCGCACAAGGAACGACAACGUCCUACAGGAGCUUCUGAGCGACCCCCAGAAUGGCCUUCCCUUCAUUGCCAAGAUCGUCGCCAUCGACACCGUUCCUCACGACCAGCGUCUUGUGCUGGAAGAAGCAAUCAAGCGAACUCUCCCAAUCGUCCACAACCGCAGCUCUACAGAGUAUCAGACGCUCAGCAGAUCUCUCAAGGCCGGCCAUCAACAUCACACCACUUCUAAAAAGCGCCCGUCCAAGCCCGCUUUGCGCACGUCCCGAAGCAACAUCCUCCAGCCCAAGCAAUUCCACGAGCGUCGAAAGUCUUCCCUGUCGAAACUCCCGCCCCGCUUCACUACACCUCAGAUCACAUCCGAGCAAGCCCACUGGUACGAUACGCCUAUCGUUGCCUUACCUUCUCCCGAAUUUCGUCCAGUGAAGAUUGUCGCCCCUGAUGAGCGAAAGAAGGGAUACAAGUAUGCGAGUGACGGACGUUCGGCUUAUCAGGCGGAUGGAGACGCCUCUGACGAUGACGAUGCGUCGUCCACCUCGAGCUACAAGACUUUUCACACUGGAAUGCCGGACCACUCUAUGGAAGUGCCCGCGAUGGACAUACUGUACUUGGACGAUUCCAUCGACUCGCAUCAAGAGCUCACACCGGCUAUGACGACCUCUUCUCUCUCCCCGACUCCUACUGUCAUCUCCACUCCCGCCCUCUCGAUCCAAUUCCCAGGUCACUAUCCCGAACCGUCCCAUAGAUUCGCGUCCGAGUCGAGGCCGAGCGACCAGUCAACCGAUGGGCUACAGCUGAACGUUGCGCCGGAAGAUAUCAAAGCCGAGGUGAAAGUGGAGAGUAAGGCAGAAAAAGGAGAGUCCUCGACAAAGAAGGCGCGUAGGCUGUCUCAGUCUGUAGCGCACGUCCCAGAGACGAUCGUGGAAGAAGGAUCCGUACCUUGA